AUGUUGUUCGUCAAUGGAAUCGGAAGAGACGCCAGAUGUUGGCUACUCAUGGGCGCACGGUCUCCCGGCCUCUAUUAUGUAUCAAAAUGUUACGAUGUUUGGUUAACAAACAUCAGAGGUUCUCCUUAUAGCAAACAUCAAACUUAUAAGCCUUACAGCAAGGAAUUCUGGGACUUUAGCUUACACGAACAAGCCACCAUUGACAUACCUGCAAUUAUAGACACCAUAGCAAACGUUAGUGGUCAACCGGGUAAAUUAAUUUACGUGGGCCACUCUAUGGGUACAACCAUAUCGUACAUCUAUGCUUCUGUGAAUAGGACUCACUGUAAGAACAAUGUGAAGGCUAUAAUUUCACUGGCACCAAUCGCAAAGCUCAAUAAAUUCGAAGUACCGUUUAUGCAUUUCUUGGCGCUCAUUAGCCAAAUUAUCAAGGAAGUUUUACCCGUUUUAAGGCUAAUACAAGGGAUAUUUGCUUGGUAUGAUUAUGGAAUUACGGAAUAUUUAGCUCGGUACAACUCAAUAUUACCACCACUAUAUGAGGUGGGAAAGAUACCAGUAAAUGUUGAUCUAAUUUGGGCCAAUGAUGAUAAAUUCUCUGUAAAGGAUGACAUUGCAGUUUUAUAUAAUAAUCUGCCAAAUGAUCUAAAAUCGAUCGCUGAGGUUCCAGCGAAUUCAAACCAAAUGACGCCAUAA